CUCACGUAGAAGAAGUAAAACAGGCAUCCUAGCAUUAGCCGCAGCCUCGGUUGCUUGUAGGUGAUUUAGGUUUAAAACAGCGAAUAGGACAUAUUUUGCCAACAGGGCCAUGUCUGACACAGAAACGAAACCAUCGACAACUGAUGGAGGGGACAAGAAAGACGGUGGAGAGUACAUUAAAUUGAAAGUAAUUGGUCAGGAUAACAGCGAGAUUCACUUCAAAGUGAAGAUGACGACAUCGCUGAAGAAGUUGAAAGAGUCCUACAGUAAAAGACAGGGUGUACAGCCGGACAUGCUGAGGUUUCUCUUUGAGGGCCAGAGAAUCUCAGACCACCAAACUCCCAAAGAGCUGGGAAUGGAAGAUGAAGACGUAAUUGAAGUCUACCAGGAACAGACCGGGGGCCUACGGAUGAAUUAAUCUGUCUCUGGUCGCUUUGAAACACAUUUCCUGUUUUAUUGGUUGUUAUUUUUUUUUAUAUAUAUAUUUUGAUAAGUGAUUAAAUCACACUACUCUCUUUAGUUUGGCUUGUCUGAAUGGCAGCAGAAAGGUAGGCGUUAGGUGUCUCGGACAGCAGGGCCUUGUUUCAUUACAGGAACCUUGCACCCUCCCAACCCUGACGUUAGAUGUUAUGAUCCUAUCUUAAAAGUGGACCGUGGGUCUUGCUGUAAAGCGUUCAGUGUUACAUUCUUGACCUCUGACCUUUUGGAAUGGUUUGUGUUCUGUUUGUUCUUCACCCCUGAAAUCCGUCAGAAUUUUGCUACUUUUAAGGUACACUUUCCAAGGAUGCAAGUGUGAGUAGUAAAACAAUGGUCAUGCAUCUUGAGGCAGGUUAGAGAGGAGAUUUUGGAGGAUAUAAACAUCAGACUACCUCCUUUGGGGGUUUCUUUCCCCACCAUUUUACCAGUCAGUUUCUGAACUUUGUCUCAGUACAGUGACUGCGAGUAGAAUUUUGUAUUUCAGCUUAAGUAUGCUCCAAAGUAUACUGUACUCCCUCACUGACUUCUAAUCAAGGCUGUCUAGUAUACUUCCUCACAGUCUGUUAUGGAAAGCUGGCUAAAGACAAGCCUCCCUGCUCCCGUUGAGUCCAAAUUGCCAUACCCUAAUCAUGCUGAUUCUGUGAAUUAGUAUUGCCAUCGUAUUUUCUUUCCUUCCUUCCUGGUCUGGGUUUUGUUUACUCUCUCUUUUUUGUUUGUUUGUAAUUUUGUCCCCUGUAGCUGGUUAGGAUUAAUGGAUGUUGACAGUAGCACACUCAUCAGGGACUGUUGGCUAGACGCUCACCUGAACCAGAACGAUACCAGUUAAGCACCCAGGUCACUUGAACCUCACGCUGUCUAUAUGUCUGCACAUAGAAAUAUGUAAUCAGUUACCAUUGUGGUCCUUUACGACAUAUUUGUUUUAAACUAAUUCAAUUCAUGAAGACACGCAUUAUUUCAAAUUUCAUAAAGAACAUAUUAGUCUCUUUGUUUUCCAUUGAUAAUUGUAAAUAUACAUUCCCGCAUUCCCGGUGGAAUGUUGUGCAGCACCUCGGAAAAUUCAGAACUUUUCACAAGCUUCCGUUCUCCUUUUAGCAUAGUGAAGGCUUAUCUCUGCUGUCACUACAAUCACUUUGCCUCAGUAAAUCACAUGUACUAUUGUAUACAAGAAAGUAUUUUCUGAAAGCAAAAAUCAAACAAUUGUUACCCAGCUUGUAUAUUUUGUAUAUUCUUUCACUGUUUUAUUAUUUUUUACUGGAUCAUUACGACAUACUUCUUUUUAAGUUGUUUGUUUUUGUUUUUUGAAAGUAUGAGAAUAAGUUGCCCUGUUUUAAGAUUCUAGGUUUUUCAUCUCAGGAAUCAAGAUUGAGUUAUUUAAAAAAAAAAAAAAAAAAAAAAAGCAAGCUGUCUGGCUGUGAUGAACCAUGGUUCACUCUGGCAGGCCAUAAUACGUCCACUUUCUGGGUUACCAUGGUGAGUCAAGCACACAGCUAUAGCGGAAGUGAACAUAGAAGUCGGAAUGACCGUGGUGUACAUUAGGUUAGAAAACACUUUUUAAAGAAAAAUAAAAAUACUGAACAGA